UCCGUGGGGCAUCAAACCGAACCAGUCCCAGCUCGGCUCUGAGCACCGUCGGUUGUAGCCGCGCUUAACAUAUUUUCCGCAACAAUCCGUUUAGCCAGAGAACUAAUUUCAUUUUAUUUGUAUUUUUAUUUGGCUCUUCCUGCCCUCCUUUCGACGACAACGCAAACAAAAUGCGUCGCGCGGACGCUUUUGCUGUCACGGUCUGUGCCAUUUUGGCCCUGCUGCAGAUGAUGGAACCGGUAAAGGCCGAGGGUAAAUACACCAUUGUGGGUCCCGGAACCAUCCACUCCCACCGCGAUUACAAUGUGGCUGUCGCUGUUCACCAGACCAAGGAACCAGUCACCCUAAAAGUGGGAAUCACCGGUCCCUCGUACAACGAAACCCAGACCGUGGAGCUGGCCACCUCGGAUGAGUUCAAGCAGAUCACCUUCAAACUGCCGCCCCUGGAAUCGGGUGACUACAAUCUCACCGCCGAGGGAGUCAAGGGUCUGGAGUUCAAGAACUCCACCAAGUUGUCCUGGGACAGCUUCAAGCCGUACAUCAAAAUCCAGACGGACAAGGGCAAAUACAAGCCUGGCGAUACGAUCAACUACCGUGUGAUCUUCCUCAACGAGAACUUGCUGCCGGAAACGGCCGAGGAAACAGUGGUGGUCUGGUUCGAGGACUCCAAGAGGAAUCGCAUCAAGCAGGAGAAGCACAUCAAGACCACCGGUGGCGUUUACACCGGCAAGUUCGAGCUCUCCGAGUUUGCCACGCUGGGAUCGUGGUCCCUGCAGGUUCAGAAUGGCGAACAGCCGCUGGGCGGUGGAGGCGGACUUUAUGGAGGUCGCCGGCCCUUCGGAGGAUUCAACCAUCCCUGGCGUCGGGCCGAUGAGAGGGUCAACUUCGAGGUGGAGAAGUACGUCCUGCCCAAGUACUCGGUCAAAAUGGAUGCCACACAGCAGGUUUCGGUGCGAGAUGGCGAGGUUAACGUUGUCCUGAAGGCCAACUACACUUAUGGAAAGCCUGUGAACGGCAAGGUGGUGGUCAAUGUCCACCUGGAUGAGACGAGCAUCUGGGAGAAUGUGGAUGGCAAGACCGUGCGCAAGGACUUCCCCGGACACUCGGUCAUUGGCUCCGCCGACAUGGUCAGCGGCAAGGCCAAGUUGACUCUGGACCUCAAGGAGUUUGCCAGUUAUCUGCCCCACAAGACCUCAUCCUCCUAUGCCCAAAUUACGGCCACCGUCGAGGAGGACUUCACCGGUGUGAAGCUCAACGAAACGGGCGGUGUCCAGCUGUAUCCCUAUCGCUACGAGAUGUCCUGCACGGACUACUCCACCUGCUUCUCGUUCAAGCCCGACAAAGAGCACGAAAUUGCCUUCAAGAUCACUUUCGUCGACGGCACUCUGGUUACAGACACCAAGUCGGUGGUGAAGGCCAAGUUCACUGAGGGAAUUCGACGCAACUACGGUUUCUACGGCUAUGGCGAUGAGCACAAGGAGCCUGAACUGCCCAAGAUUGAGAAGAAAACGUUCGUUUUCGAGAGCCAUUUGAAUGAGUCCAGUGUGGCGCUCUUCAAGGUGACUCUGCCCGAUUUGCCGGACAUGGCCAACUUCACCCGCUACUACAGCAUCGAACUGGAGUUUGUGGACGAGAAGCGCGAACUGUACACCACUUACCCCUACAGGGAGCCAAAGAAGAUCGAGAAUCCCAACCCAGAAGACGAGGAAAAGGAGUGGUUUAAGGCCGAGGUGCAGAGGCCCAAGGAUACGUGGAGCCUAAAGAUCGGUCAGGAGUAUCAGGUAACCCUCAACUCCAGUCGUCCUCUGAAAUACUUUGUUUACAACAUCGUGGGACGUGGAAAUAUCCUGGAAACGAAGCGAGUCGAGCUGGCCGAACCCCAAAAGACCGUCAACGUGACCCUGAAGCCCACUUUCCUCACUGCUCCCCAUGGCCGUGUGUACUUCUACUAUGUGGACGAGACCGGCGAGUUCCGAUAUGCCGAGGAAACGUUCAGCGUGGAGGUGGAGCUGCAGAACAAGAUCGAAAUCAAGGCGCCCGAGGAGGUGAAGCCGGGUGCCGACGUUGAACUGGAGAUCAAGACGCCGGCCAAGUCCUUCGUCGGUCUGCUGGCCGUCGAUCAGAGUGUCCUUCUGCUGGGCAGCAACAACGACCUGAACAAGGACUCCUUUAACUGGCGUCUGAAUGGCUACGACACCUCCACUCCCUGGCAGGGUGGAUACUCCUACUACCCCGGUGAACGAACUGGCGUGGUGACGAUGACGAAUGCCUAUUUCUUCUACAAUCUCACCUCUCCCGUUUCCCAAAUUCAAGCAUUUGGUGGCGGAGGAGCCCUUUUCGCCAUGAGGAAGACAGCGGUGGCCCAGGACAGUCCCGUGUUCCACUCAACCACCGCCGCCGUUGGAGCUGCAGCUCCUCAAGCCGUUGGAUUCGCCGCCGAGGGAGCAUCUGGAUCUGCUGCACCGGCUGUGCGAAAGAACUUCGCUGAGACCUGGAUUUUCGCCGAUAUCGAGAGCACCGAGGAGGAGGUCUUCAAGUGGGUUAAGACCAUUCCCGAUACCAUCACCAGCUGGGUGGUCACCGGCUUCUCGCUGCAUCCCCUGAAGGGAUUGGGUGUCACCGAUGAGCAGGUGAACAUCAAGACCUUCCAGCCGUUCUUCGUCUCCGUUCGCCUGCCCUUCUCCGUGAAACGCGGCGAGGUGAUCAGUGUGCCGGCCCUGGUCUUCAACUAUCUGCCCAAGAUCCUGGACGUCGAGUUGACCCUGGACAAUGAGGACGCCGAGUAUGACUUUGUGGAUGCCUCGAACGAGGUCAUUGGCGACCAGAAGCGUUCGCAGAAAAUCCGAGUGGGCGCCAACGAGGCGGCAGGUGCCUCCUUCUUGAUACGACCCAAGGUCAUUGGCAAUAUUCUGCUGAAAUUCACGGCCAUCUCACCGCUGGCCGGCGAUGCUGUGCACAAGCCACUUAAGGUGAUCCCCGAGGGCAUCACCCAGUACCAGAACAGGGCAUUCUUUGUGAAUCUCAAGGAUACGGGCGAGUUUAAGAAUACCUUUGAGUUGGAAGUGCCGGAGGAAGUGGUGCCCGAUUCGGAGCGCGUGGAAUUCGGACUGGUGGGUGAUCUCCUGGGUCCGGUGGUGAAGAACCUGGAGAAUCUCCUCCGCCUGCCCAGCGGCUGUGGCGAGCAGACCAUGUCCAAGCUGGUGCCCAACUACCUGGUCCGGGAUUACCUGAAGAGCAUCAAGAAACUUACGCCCGCGUUGGACUCGCGCAUCAAGAGGAAUCUGCAGGAGGGCUAUCAGAAUAUGUUGCACUAUCGCCACGACGACGGCAGCUUCAGUUCCUUCGGACCGCACAAGUGGAGGGAGGAGGAUCCGGAGCGCAAUGGUUCCACCUGGCUGACUGCCUACGUUCUCCGUUCGUUCAGCAAGAUCAAGGAGAUCGUGGAUGUGGAUGAACAGCUGCUGGCCAAGGGAUAUGACUUCCUGCUGACGCGCCAGGCGGAGAAUGGCAGCUUCACCGAGCAGGGAGAGUACUUCUAUGGCUCCCAGCGUUCUCACCUGACCCUCACCGCGAGCUCACUGCUGGCCCUGCUGGAGGAGGAGAAGCCCAACCAGGCGGCCAUCGACAAGGCGGUCUCCUAUCUCAGCUCGAAUACCGCGGAUUCCGUGGAGCUGCUGCCCAAAUCCAUUGCCAUCUAUGCUCUGCAGAAAGCUAAGGCCCCAGAAGCCGCCAAGCUGGUGGCCAAUCUGAAAUCUCUGGCCCAAAAGGAGGACGAUCGCACUUGGUGGACCGAGGAUCUGGACAAGCUACGUGCCUCCAAGAACUGCGGACGCUGGUGGUGUUGGAUCUGGAGUCAGGAUGUGGAGAUCACCUCCUAUGCCCUUCUCUCCCUUCUGGAAUCCGAGCAAGAAACUGCCGACACUGUGCUGAACACUGUUCGCUGGCUGGUUGCCCAGCGUAAUAGCUUCGGAGGAUUCGCCUCCAGCCAGGACACCGUGAUGGGUCUCACCGCCCUCAUCAAGUUCGCCGAGAAGUCGGGCUACGAGGCAGCCAAGUGGGAGGUCACUGUUUCCAACAAGGGCAAGCGUGAGAAGACCGAGAAGCUGAGCACCUCGGAGGAGAAUGAUCUGCUGCUCCAGACCGUUGAGUUCCCGCAGGGCACCAAGUCGCUGGAGUUCGAGGCCAAGGGCACUGGCGCUGCUCUCGUCCAGAUCAGCUAUCAGUACAAUGUGGUGGAGAAGGAUCCGAAGCCCAGCUUCAAGGUUGAGACCACCGUCUUGCCACAAUCCUCGCCGGCCAAACUGGAGCUGAGCGUUUGCGUCGACUAUGUGGAGGAGGGCAAGGCCAAGGAGUCCAACAUGGCCAUUCUGGAGGUCUCCCUGCCCUCCGGUUACACCGCCGAUGAGGAUAGCUUCAAGGAUAUCCGGGAAAUCCAGCGUGUGCGGUUGGUUGAGACCAAGAACGGCGACUCUGUGGUGGUUGUCUACUUUGAGAAUCUGUCCAAGGGCGAGAGCAAGUGCAUUCCCAUCGAGGCCUACAGGACCCAUGCGGUGGCCAACCAGAAGCCAUCCUCCGUUGUCCUCUACGAUUAUUACGACACGAACAAGAAGGCCACCGAGUACUACUCCAUCGACUCGAAGCUCUGCGAUAUUUGCGAGGGAGACGAGUGCAAGAGCAAGUGCUGAAGUACCCAAACCAAAAUGAACCAAUAAAUCUUACUGUCCUUGCAUCAAAUAAAAUAUUGUGAUUAUAAUGUA